AUGAGAAACCACACGACAGUGACAGUGCUUAUCCUCAGAGGGUUGACGGAAGACUCAAAAUGGAAGAUUGUUCUCUUAAUCUCUCUGCUUCUCACCUACUUACUGAGCAUCUCAGGCAACCUGAUUAUCAUUAUUCUCACUCUUCUGGAUUCUAUUCUCAAGACCCCUAUGUAUUUCUUUCUUAGAAAUUUUUCCUUCUUAGAAAUUUCUUAUGCAACAGUUUGUAUCCCCAAAUUGCUUGUUACCAUGGCAACUGGGGACAAAACCAUUUCUUGUAACUGUUGUGUGACUCAGUUAUUUUUUGCCUUCUUUCUGGGUGCUUCAGAAUUUUAUCUGCUGGCUGUCAUGUCCUAUGACCGUUAUGUUGCCAUCUGUAAGCCUCUGCAUUAUACAACCAUCAUGAACACCAAAACUUGUAUGCAGCUGGCUCUAAGUUCUUGGAUUGCAGGUUUCCUCAUCAUUUUUCCAGGACUUAUCUUAGGUCUAAGACUAGAUUUCUCUGACUCCAAUAUCAUUGACCAUUUCUACUGUGACACUGCUCCUCUGCUGCAAAUCUCCUGCGCAGACAAAUAUUUGUUGGAGAUGAUGAGCUUCAUCUUAGCUUUGGUGACUCUCCUUGUCACACUGGUAUUAGUGAUUCUAUCCUACACAUACAUUACUCUAACAAUUUUUAAAUUCCCUUUUGCUAAUCAAAGCAAAAAAGCUUUUUCCACAUGCUCCUCUCACAUGAUUGUCAUCUCACUCUCAUAUGGCAGCUGCAUUUUUAUGUACAUUAAACCCUCAGCCAAAGAGAGGAUAUCAUUAAUGAAAGGAGUUUCAGUACUCAAUACUUCUAUUGCCCCACUGUUGAACCCCUUCAUUUAUACUCUAAGAAGCCAGCAGGUGAAGCAAUCAUGUAAGGAUUUGCUAAAAGUUCUGCUGUCAUUUAAGAAGUAG